GACGGAACAGUAGAGGCCAUGCCUUGUUCCUCGUCGAACCACUUUCGACUGCCCUCCUGUCUCCAGCAUAUUGGAAAGCUGCCAAAUGUGGAAGGCGGGGAGGGGAGUGAUAGCAGCGCUUAAAGCGUUAAAGUAGACGUGUCGCCUUGUGGGCGCCGGUUGCCAGGGUUGCGGCGGAGGCUGUCCCCGCGGUGGGCGUGUGGGCCGCCAGCGCUCUCUGUCUCGCGCUCGAAGAGGCGACGCCCCUACCGCCAUCAUCAUGGCUUCGGCCGUGGCGGGCAUGAGCGAGCGCGAGCAGAAAGGCUGCCAGGAGCUGCUGGAGCUCCUGCACACGGACGACCUGAUCGCCCUAACCGACACAGUGACCAACCGCCUCGUGCAGCCGGACAAUCGCCAAGAAGCCAUACGUGCCAUCUUACUGUACAGUCAAAGUACAGAAGAACUGCUGAAGAGAAAGAAGGUCUUUAGAGAUACAAUCUUCAAGUACUUGGCAUCAAAAGGCAUUAUAGUGCCUCCUUCUUCUGAGAAGCAUCAACUUGUUAAUUAUGUAAAACACUAUUGGUGUGAAUACUUGCAGGAUCGUGGCACAGGGUUAAAAUGUGAAAAGCCUAAUAUAAAGAUACCUGAAGAGGAAGCGAAACAAGGUGGAGGAAAACCAGGAGGAGACAAACAAGAAGGCAACAAACAAGAAGGCAACAAAGAGUGUCACAGCUUGGGAGAAGAAUUUUGUCAGUGGUUUUUUGCUAUUUUGAAUUCUCAAAAUCCAUUGUAUGCAAAAUCACCUGAAGAAUGGGGGCCGCAGCACUUCUGGGAUGAUGUAGUACUAAGGUUUUGUUACAACACCUCAGAACAAAACGUUGAAGAAUAUUCAGGUGCAGAAUUGGUGAGCCUUCGUUUACUGUCGUUGGUGAAAGAAGAAUACCUGUACCUCAAUCCCAAUUUGAAUUCUGGUGGCCUGAAGUGUGUAGUUUCACGGCAUGGGAUAGUUGUGGUGGCAGUAGCUGGCACAGUUCAUAGAAAUACUUGUUGCUUGGGCAUCUUUGAGCAAUUCUUUGGCCUCAUCCGCUGCCCAUUUAGGGAGAACACAUGGAAAAUUAAGUCUGUGCAUCUAAGAAUUGUUGGUCAGACUGCCUUGGAACCUGGGACCCCUGUAGAAAAACCAUGCAUAAAAUAUGAGCAACAAGAACUCCAGGAGCUUGCCUUGGUUGAACCUCACAGAUUCUGAGGAGGAUGAAGGAGGAAAGUCUGUUGGCCAAGGAAAAUACAAUACAUGAUAAUACUUGAGCAUCCAAAAGAGUUGUUUGCUUCUGUUUCUUGAGUCAGACUUUUUGACUGGAUGACAAGCCAAAAUAUUAUGUCUAAUUUGUUGUUGUUGGGUAGAUUUUAGCAUCCUGGAGGGUACAAAUGGCACAUUAUUUGCCACCCCACAAGUGAAAAGCGAAUAGAUGAAAAAUGAGGAAUCACUCUUCAUUUUCUUUCCUUCUAUAAGUCUUCCUUCUCCUGUCCUGCUGCUGUUCUCCUGCACUGAAAAGCAUUGUGGAACUAAAUGAAUCAAAGCAUUCACAAACAAAACAAAGAAUGUAAAAUUAGGACAGGUUCUUCUCUGCCUAAAGUUGCCUCAUCUCCUCCUGGGAGUGGGAGAGGGGCUGAGGGAAGAAAGAGUAAUAGGAAUAUGAGGCUACUGUUGACUGCAUAUGUCUAUCUUUCUGGUUGAUGCAAGAGAUCUAUAAAGAAUACUGUGUGAGACUCUCUCAAGAGUAGUUCCUCCAUGACAGUGUCAAAGCU